AUGGAUAAUAUGGAUAACAGUAUGGAGAUUACAAACGAUAAUGAAAUGACUGUACAACAGGCGGUGUCUUCAGUUGUGUCAAAUGCUCCCAACAAUUCUGGUUUAAUGGUCGCUUUACACCCUUUGACAUUGUUAAACAUAUCUGAACAUUUUACACGUGUAAGGAUGCAAGAACAAAUACAGAGUCCACAGGUUAUUGGAGCGAUGGUAGGUACACAAACGGGACGUGAAGUAGAAAUUACCAAUUCAUUUGAAUUAGCAUUUGAUGUGGUUGAUGGAAAAGUGAUAGUAAAUGGAGAGUAUUUUACAACAAAGCAAGAACAGUUUCGUCAGGUUUUUCCUCAGUUUGAUUUCUUGGGAUGGUAUACUUUGGGACGAUAUCCAACUGAAGAUGACAUCGAAAUUCAUAAACAGAUGAUGACAUGGAAUGAAAGUCCUCUUUUUCUUCAAAUGAACCCUUUUGAUAUUGUCACAUCGAAGAAUUUACCAAUCACUGUUUAUGAAUCGAUUAUUGACCUUAUCAAUGGACAAGCUCAAACAAUGUUCAUCAAGUCACAAUAUAAGAUUGAAACCGGUGAAGCUGAACGUAUUGCCGUUGACCAUGUUGCUCAUACAACUCUUGGAGAAGGCGGUGAAGGUUCUUCACUAAUCGCACAUUUAACAACCCAAAGGAAUGCAAUUAAAAUGUUACAUACUAGAAUAAAGAUUCUUCAUCAAUACCUUGUCAAUGCAAAAUCAGAUGAAUCAUUUGUUGAUCAUGAUGUUCUUCGCCAGAUUGCUGGACUUUGUAAUCGAUUGCCAACCAUUGAUAGUGCCGAUUUCAGACAAGAAUUCCUCACGGAAUACAAUGAUGUUUUAUUAACAUCAUAUCUAGCAACUAUAACCAAGGGAACUAAUUGCAUUAAUGAGCUUGUGGACAAGUUUAAUAUUGCAACCAGUACCAAUAAACCAGGAGGACGUGGCAGACAUCAACAACAUCAGGGAUUCCCAAAUUUUUAA